CUCACCCAUCGAUCCAUACGAGCACAACCCUCACCAUUUCGCCCUUAGCGGCUACUCUCCUCUUCACUACGUCUCCUCUACUGUUCGCUCAGCAGCAUGGGUCGAGUCUCCUUCUACGACGAAAUUGAGUUGGAAGACAUGUCCUACGAUGAAGAUCGGGACCUCUUUCACUACCCUUGCCCCUGUGGCGAUCGCUUCGAGAUCACGCGGAGUCAGCUCAAAGAAGCAGAAGACGUAGCUCGUUGCCCCAGCUGCAGCUUGAUUAUUCGAGUCGUCUUUGAUCCUCUCGACUUCGAAGAUGAUGACGAGCCAUCUGCCGCUACAGACAAGGUUCCUGGACAGGUUGCCGUCGCAACGUGAGCUGUCUCAUUUGAAGACAGCCACCAAACCAACACUAGGCCUCUGAGCCACCUACGUAGCGCGCUAUACCUCUCAUAAGGCAUGACCCUUGGGGUCCCUGUACCUCGUCCGGAUCACGGGUAUCUUAAAGUUUGCUCAGUUUUGCAAUCUCCUUCUGCAGG